GGUGGGGGGAUGAGCGGAGGGGCAGGGAGGGGCCUACCUGUGCUCCCUUGUGGCCUCUGUCUCCUGCUCUUCUCCCUGCAUUUGGCUCUGGAAUGGUCGGAGCUAACUCUGUCCCCCGUCCCGAUGUCCCCCCAGCCCCUGGCUGCCCGGUGACCCGUGUGGUUGGUUCCCAGGUCACAGUGCGUGUGAAGGGUGAGGAUGUGACCCCGAGGAGAUGGAUGCCCCUGAAGCAUUAUGGGAAUCUCAGCGCACCCAGCAGCCCCAUCCCGCAUGGGGAUCCCUGGAGGAGGCGGCCCUGAGGAAGUGUGAGCUGCCAGGCGCCCCUGGAAAGGAGCCUGGAGUUGGAAGAGAAAUGGCAGGUGCUGGAAUCCUGAGCCGGGCUGAAGAGCAGCCUUGCAACAAAGGGCUUGAAAUGGUGCUGCCCCCGAGUGUAUCACAGAGUGGCUCAGGAGAGAGCAUUACCCACAGACCUGAGCAGGGAGGAGCCUGCAAGAGGCAGAAGAAGAUCCCAGCGGGGAAGGAGCCAGGCCCCCCAAAGGAACAUGACAGCAGAUUCAGGAAACUAACCCAGCUCUUUGCACAGGGGAGACCUCAGACCACAGGGGAUCUUCACCACGAGCAACACCAUAGAUGUCGAGACUGUGGGGAAGGCUUCAGGGAAAAGCAGGAGCUCACGGCUCACCGCAAGGUCCAUGAGAGAGAGAGACGCUAUCCCUGCGCUGAAUGUGGAAAGAGAUUCAGCUGUCCAGCACAUCUCAAAACCCACCAGAGAAGCCACACGCGCGAGAAGCCCUACUCGUGUGGAGAGUGUGGCAAACUCUUUGGCUAUCUCUACACGCUGACUACCCACCAGAGAACUCACACGGGGGAGGGCUUGUUCCCCUGCGACAAGUGCGGGAAAACCUUCACCAGCCCCUCGGACCUCAACAAGCACCAGCGCUCCCACACGGGUGAGCGGCCCUACCCCUGCACCGAGUGCGGGAAGCGCUUCAACCGGCUCUCCAACCUGAAAAUGCACCACAGGACUCACACGCAGGAGAGGCCCUACCCCUGCGCUGAGUGUGGGAGGCGCUUUGGCCACCUCUCCACGCUCGUGAGGCACCGGAGAGCCCACACAGGGCAGAGACCCUUCCCCUGUGCUGUGUGUGGCAAGACCUUCACUAGCAGGACAGGGCUGAGCAAGCACCAGAGAAUCCACACAGGCGAGCGGCCCUACCCCUGUGGCGAGUGUGGAAAACACUUUGGCUACCUCUGCGCUCUGACCACACACCAGCGGCUGCACACAGGGGAGAGACCCUUCUCCUGUGCUGAGUGUGGGAAAACCUUCACCAGCCCCGCGGACCUGACCAAGCACCAGCGCUCCCACACGGGCGAGCGGCCCUACCCCUGCGCUGAGUGCGGGAAGCGCUUCAGCCAGCUCUCCAACCUGACGAUGCACCAGAGGACUCACACACAGGAGAAGCCCUACCCCUGCGCUGAGUGUGGGAAGAGCUUCAAGUACCUGGCUUACCUCGCCAUUCACGAGCGCUCCCACACCGGGGAACGGCCCUUCCCUUGUGACAAGUGUGGGAAGAGCUUCAGCAACAAGUCAGCUCUCACCCGGCACCAGAGAAUCCACGCCAGAGCUGCAGGUGGGGACGAGCUGCAGCCCCCACAGGAGCCUGGACGUGUCCAGUGGGACCGAGGGAGAGAUGCAAGUUGGAGAACUAAAGCGCAGGCCCUAGCAGGGAUAAGCUGGUCCCUGAAGACAGAUGAGCAGCUCCUGGGUCUCCACAUCCAGGCUCCGCGAGAGAAUAUGGAAACAGCAGAGCCAACGGGCCCAAAAGCAGGGAAUGAGCUGGAGAGAGACGGGAAGGAGCCAGUCCUGGGACCACCCAUCUCAGUAAGUCCUCGAUGGUCCCGCACAGGAUGGCGACAGCUGAGGACUGAGCAGUGUGACAGGAUGUCCCAGUAUUGGAAAGAUCAACUUCAGGAGGAGCUACAGCGCUUACGGACACCUGCUGAGGUUGUGCCGACAUCAGUCCCUACAUCAAAAAACCCUCCGCUGCUGGAUUUGAACCCAGAGGAGGAUAUUGAGGCCUAUCUGGCUUCCUUCGAGCAAGUGGCUGAAGCCUGCCAGUGGCCCAGAGGAGAGUGGGUGACCCGCCUUGUGCCAGCCCUCAGCGGAAAAGCUCGGCAGGCCAUUAGCAGCCUGGAUGCCAGAGAUGCUGGAGAUUAUGGGAAGGUGAAGGCAGCUGUCCUGCGAGGGUGUGACAUUGGCAUGGAGACACAGCGCCAGCGCUUCAGGCAGUUCCGCUACCAGGAGGCCGAGGGGCCCCGGGCAGUUUUCUGCCGACUCUGGGAACUCUCCCAUCGAUGGCUGAAGCCGGAGAUCCGCACCAAGGAGCAGAUCAUGGAGCUGCUGAUCCUGGAGCAGUUCCUGACCAUCCUGCCGGAAGAAAUCCAGAGCUGGGUUUCUGAACAUUGCCCAGAGACGUGUGCCCAGGCAGUGUCCCUGGCUGAGGAUUUCCAGGUCACAGUGCGUGUGAAGGUUGAGGAUGUGACCCCAGAGGAGAUGGAUGCCCCUGAAGCAUUAUGGGAAUCUCAGAGCACCCAGCUGGAGCCACCGCAGCCCCAUCCCGCAUGGGGAUCCCCGGAGGAGGCAGCACUGAGGAAGUGCGAGCUGCCAGGCGCCCCUGGAAAGGAGCCCCGAGUUGGACAAGAAAUGGCAGGUGCGAGGAUCCUGAGCAGGACUGAGAAGCAGCCUCACGACGAAGGGCCUGAAAACCUGCAGCCCCCCAGCAUAUCACAGCAGGAUUCAAGAGAGAGCAUUAACCACAGACCUGAGCAGAAAGGAGCCUGCAAGAGGCAGAAGAGGAGCCCAGCGGGGAAUGAGCCAGAUCCCCUAGGGGAAUGUGAGAGUGGAUUCAGGAGACUAAUCGAACCUCCUGCAUCGGGGAGACCUCGGACUGCAGGGGACCUGCACCAUCAGAACAGCAUUCACAGGACAGAGAAGCCCCAUAAAUGUCGAGAUUGUGGGGAAAGGUUCUGGGAGAAGCAGGCGCUCACGGCCCAUGGGAGAGUCCAUGAGAAGGACAGACCAUAUCCCUGUCCUGAAUGUGGAAAGAGUUUCAACAGACUGACCCAUCUCAAAACCCACCAGAGAACCCAUACGGGAGAGAAACCCUAUUUCUGUGCCGAAUGUGGGAAGAACUUCGGCCACCUCUCCACGCUCAUUACACACCAGAGGCUGCACACAGGGGAGAGACCCUACUCCUGUGAUGAGUGCGGGAAAACUUUCACGAACCCCUCGGACCUCAACAAGCACCAGCGCUCCCACACGGGUGAGCGGCCCUACCCCUGCGCUGAGUGCGGGAAGUGCUUCAGCCAGCUCUCCAACCUGACGAUGCACCAGAGGACUCACACACAGGAGAAGCCCUACCCCUGCGCUGAGUGUGGGAAGAGCUUCAAGUACCUGGCUUACCUCGCCAUUCACGAGCGCUCCCACACUGGGGAACGGCCCUUCCCCUGCACUGAGUGUGGGAAGAGCUUCAGUAACAAAUCCUCUUUGGCCCGCCACCUGAGAAUCCACUCCAGAGCCGCAGCCAUGGACAAGUGAGACCCUCCCACCAGAGGGCUCCGCUCUGGUCGUGUGUGUAUAAGAACGUGAAGCAGGGCCUGAGAGAAGCUAGCCCCAUGCCCACUAACCAAACCAUCCCUGUCACGGACACCAGGGGGUGUGAAUUGGGGCUUCACCUUAGUCCUCUGAGGUGUCCCGAUUCCGGAACUGCCCCAGCAGUGAUUUGCUCCUUCCUGCUUGAACUAGUGAGGAGAGGGCCACUCUAGGGGCUUGUCUGUGCUGUAAAUUAACUUCUUGUAACUCAAAUGUUGUCCCACACUCAAGUCCCAUCCACAUACAGUACCUUUAAGUGGGUGCAGUGGUGCUGUGACCCCAAGUUGGCCAGCCCAAGGAGGGGGCAUAGGCUAAAACUGGAGCACAACUCAUCAGCUGCUAACACAGCGCCUCUGUAGUGUGGCUCCAGGCUUGUGUCACGUGCAUAUCGCUAGUUCUCCAGUGCCUAGCCCACGAGUCCCCUAGCGUGCCCAGAAAGGACAGAAGUUCUCCCACUACACACUGGGAUAUGCGUGUGCGCAGAAGCCAUAGCACUGUACUUGGGGGAGCGCAGAACCUAUGUGGGCAUAGCAGUGUGGCUGUUCUCAGCUGAGCUCGGCUCACUCGAGAGGAGUCACUGGAGCACAGAUAACUCAAGAUAACUCUGUAGUGAAGGCAGACCCGGUGAGAUUGGCAGGCCUCAGUCCCAGCGGUACCAGGAACAGCACUUCAAGGGGAAGGCAUUGGGCCAGCUCUACCUCCCGCCCCACUGCCAACCAGUUCUGCCUCGAUGGCCCCGCACGGCCACCUUCUUCCACACUCUGCCCUACUCAGAGGCACCCAGCCUCACCAGCGCUUCAGAGCCCUCUAUCAUCUCUCCCCAGCAGCUGCGUGUAACCGGGGCCCAAGCCUGCUGCAUUGACUCCCUGCCUCCCGCUCACCUGACUGGCUCUUCCAGCUGACUCUGAUCUCAGCCUAAGCAUUUAUGUUCUCCGUGUACAUUUCUGUAUUUAGUCAUCGCCCCCCGGUUUUCUGCUCCUGUCCUGCUAACUCUUUCUGUUUGCUGUCCUGUCUCUAGUACGUUGCGUUGUCCAGACCACACCAUUGCUCCCUGGCUCAGCUGCCCAUCAGCACAACCGCUGAUUCAGUUCUAUUGGUGUGAGAUUUUGAUCAGACGACCCCAAUCCUGCACUGAGCUCCACAUGGGCAGAUUCCUCCGGCGUGCUGCCUGGCUACUGGGGUCCCCAAGCGUAGCUCAGUGCAAGAUUGGGGCUUUAAUUUUAAAUCUUCUGAUCUUCCCUACCUCAUUGGUUGCCCUUCUGAAUUGCUGGUAUUUUUUAUUUAUUUCCUGCUGAUUUGAUUGUAAUGUACUGAAGAGCACUCCUUGUCAAUCAGCCACGGCUCUGCACACUUCAUUACCUCUCUCUCCCUGUUCCUUUGGCUCAGUUAAACCCACUCUCUUGGUUUGGCCCUUGUGUAGCUGCCCAUUGCCAUUCUCACUGUUGUCCCCCUGGCUUCUCGCCCUGUCGAGUCCCAACUCACUGCGAUGAUGUUUUAUCAGUCUCCCUGGCUGGAUUUAGUUUCUGGCUGAGAACAGGGAGAAGGGGUGGAAAGUGGGACCUGCGUGGUGGUGGCAGGUAUCUAGCACUCCUAGGAAAAGCUAAGGGGUGCGUCAGGACACUUGGUAACACAUGUGAUCCAAGGACAGCCCUUACAUCUCCAGCUGCAACCCGGUGCCGCUCUGCUUUUCUCCCUGCAGCCUAGCCAGCAGUACACCAUGGGAAUAAGUGGCCCAGCGAUUCACAGGGGCAGUUUUACUAUUACAGCGUUUACAUUGGUAAGUGAAGAACACUUGCCAUCCCCACACAAUUUCCUUGUUGGGGAGGCAACAUUUGGAGGAACCCAGUCCAAGAUGUUGCAGGGGGAAGAACCAGGGUAGCUAGAACUGAUGCAGGCCCCGCAUCUUUGCAUCCACACUGAGUGCCUGAGAGAGUUACUCUCACUUGGGAGUAGCUGUCCUGCUGUUCCUAUGUAGAUGUUGAGAUACCCUGUAGUUUUGGGCUCCAUGAGCCAGCAAAGCAAAACCGGACUUUAGACUUCAACUUCCACUGUGGAUGGUGAGUCCUGUGUGUUGUGACUGGAUGUCUGCUUCCCUGCAGCUCCAGAGGGGCUAAGGAGCCCACAGCACAUAGGCCACAUGUACAGGUGGAAAAUGAGGACCUGUAAUUCAUCAGUGUAGCUCCAUUGGCAGAAGCAAAAGUGGAAACUGUAGUGUAGACAGGACUUUGGCAUUGUUACCACUGUGUCAUCAACCCCUAACCAGCAAGUGACUUAUCUCUCUUUCCAAAUACCAAAAAGCUCUGAUGGAAGAAGGGGCUCUGAGAGCAUCAGAGAAGAUAUGCAAGCUUCUGCUGAGAAAUUUCAGCUCCUACUAUGAUCUGCCCAUUCCUGGAUGCACACCUUCAACACCGGUCUCUCUGGGUUGCUACCUCCACGCUUCCUCUCUGGACACUUCCCUGUCAAUAGUGGGUGAUCCUGGCUUUUUUAACUAUUUAAAGGGCCUUGCAGAUCUCUUCAAAACCUGAUUGACUACACCUCGGUCUCCUGGGUUUGAAAAGCUACUAACCCCAAUAAAUGCAAUAUACAUAAUAGUGUUCAGUAACCCUGCUACGUCUCUGCAGGAGGGAAAGCCUAAUCCGAUAACAGCCCAGCCAUGCUUCUCUUCCUGAUCGCAAUCUACCCCCUCUGCACGCCUGCUCCCUGUCUCUUUCAGAGCCACCCAACAAUCUUCACAUUAAGCCCCCAAAAGCUCCAAACAAGAUGUCUAGAGUGGCCCUCCAUGAGUCCCAGCUUCUAUGUCUCUGGGCACCCAGUAGUCCAUGUUCUUGGUGCCACAACAUACCUCAUCACAGAGUUUCACUUAACAGUUAUAACACCAUCUCAUAUCUCACAAUUUCAUGUUAACAUAGUCCCUUCUCUACAACUCCAGUGAAUAUGGAGGGAGGAGAGGAUGAUCCAAGUGCAAUACAUCAAAGUUUGGCAUCAAACAUGGGAAAGUUGCAUGGUCCAGCUCCUGCACUCCCAUCACUGGAGCUCCUGAACCCCCAUAAGGGGAGGACACUGAGGCUAUGUCUUCACUGACAAAAAGGGGGGGGGGUUAACAGUAGGAUAAUUGAGGUGUAUUAGCUCUCAUGCUGUACACACACAGUGGAGUUACUGUGAGGUAAACCAGGCAAAGUCAACCAUGGGCAGGGGGCUUCGUUCUGACCUCACCCAUCUGCCUUUUGAACACUAUAAGCAGCUUGUCUCCACUUAGGAUUUUACAACACAAUAAUUAUCCCCAAUUGUUAUCUCGCUGUUUAAAAAACGGGCACCACUGUAAAAUACACAGUAAGCACAAGGCAAUGCCUUGGGAUUAGCCAUGAUAAGAAGAGGCAUGCAGAUAGAUCUCAUCCUCCCCCGAAAGGCACAUAAAGUUCACACUGCAUAGAAAAAUGAGUGACUCUUAAGAAGCCAUCCUGGCACAGCUCUAGGCAGGUGCUCAGAUACUCCCUGGAGAGACUCUAUGUGAACCUAAGACUGGCCACACUGGAUCAGACCA